AUGGCGUCCGCUUCGUUCCGAGAAUCCAUGAACUCGCUGGGCUGGAGCCGGCGAGAGUCGCAGGCGCCCGUGAGCACCGCGCCCCCCUCGCUCCUCGACCGCAUACAAAACCUGAAUCCCUUUGGCGACGGCGGCUAUGUGCGCCUGCCUACCACCGAAUCCAACCCUGGAGCCCCCCUUCCCGCCCCCUCACGGCGAGAGGAGGAGGAGGGCUGGUUUGCGCUAAGUCGCUGGGACCGGCUCCUCGUGUUUGGCGGUCUGCUUCUGGCGGCCCUGGCCAUGUUUGCUACCUGCAUCGGGCUCAUGUUCACGCCCGUCUUCCUGGUGAAGCCGCGCAAGUUUGCCAUAUUAUGGUCGAUGGGAAGCCUUCUCUUUCUCGGCGCUUGGGGGGUUCUGAUGGGCCCCAUACAAUAUUUCCAACACCUCAUCUCUGGUCCGAGACUUCCGUUUACAGCUGCUUAUUUUGGCAGCAUUGUUCUCACGCUCGUCUUCUCCUUGGGUCUGCAUAACACCCUUCUUACCUUCGUUGCGGCCGUCGCCCAGCUGGUUGCCCUUCUUUGGUACGUCGUGUCGUACUUCCCCAUGGGCUCAUCAGGGCUCCGUUUUGCGGCGCGCUUUGGAGGCAAUCGCGUCGCAGCAUGGAUGAGCGACUAG